CUUUCAGUCUCUUACUAUUGAAAUUUUCAUAAUUUUGUGCUCUUUAGCUCCAGUAAGGCAAUUCAUAUAAAGGCAGAAGGAAAGGAGAGACUUCUGCUCCAACUUGUGGAAAAGCUAAUCCAGAAAUUUCUGCUCUGUAAAGCUAUAGGUCGUUGACAUAAAAAUACCAUGGCGGGCGAUGAACAACUUCUCCCAAAGCAGAAGGCUAAACAGGGAGCUAGCAAUGGCAGCCCACUUCGAAGAGUUGCAAGUUCGACAGAAAUAACAGAGGAAAACUUGGAGCACCAACGACGAUGGCAGCAUCACCUGAGUGUGGAAAUACCGGCGAGAAAUAUGGAAGAAGUCAGCGAUGAUUUUGUGGCAAUCCAAAUGCCUUCAUAUCGUAGCCCCACUUCCACCCCUAAAAGAGUAAACUUUUCUCCCUUCCGCAGUCCCAGUUUUGCCAUAUACAGCGAAUCCCCUGACGGCUCGACAUCAAAGGCUAAAUCCACUCGGAAAAACUUACUCCCAAAAUUGAGUUUCAAGUACAGACGAAGCACGGCAGAUAUUGAAAGGGCUGCAAUUCUAGCACUUGGGGGUUCACCAGACUCGGUUAAAGAGAGGUCUUUCUUUCGAAGAACAACGUCUUUGACCAAACUUUUUGGUUUCACCCCAAGGGCUAAUAACAAGAACACAACAUCCUUACCCGUUUCGCCGAUUUCUCGUUCGAAUCCUGAGUCAAUUCAUGGAAGGCAUACAAUUGAUCCACACAAUUCUGCUAAGGGAGAAGCUCAAUUACCGAUGCACCGUUCUCGUUCAGUUCCUGUUCUGAACAAAGAAGUGAGCUUGAGGCAAUUGGAUUCAUUAGGUGGAGUGAUUCGUGUCAUUCCAGCCACUCCAAGGUCACCUAUAGGAACUUUACAAGCGACGUCAAUGCCUUCCCCUGGGCCUGAGACUGGUAAAUCUGCCCUUCCCUGUGGUGCAGAUGAAAAUGACGAUGGUGGUGAAGAUAUUCCAGUAGAAGAAGCUGUUUGUAGAAUCUGUUUGGUGGAGUUAGGUGAAGCUGGCGAUACCCUGAAGAUGGAAUGUUGCUGUAAAGGUGAACUGGCACUAGCCCACCAAGAGUGUUUGGUGAAGUGGUUCAACAUCAAAGGUAACAAAAUCUGUGAUGUUUGCAAGGAAGAGGUUAAGAACUUACCGGUUACACUUCUACGGAUUCAUACUUCUCAGAGUCGUAGGAAUGGAGCUCACGUUGAGCUGGCACCAUACAGGCAAAGAACUAAUGUUUCCAAAAUGAUGUCCUACAGGGUGUGGCAGGAUGUUCCCAUUCUUGUCAUUGUCAGCAUGCUUGCUUACUUUUGUUUCCUAGAGCAGCUUCUGGUUGCAAAGCUGGGGUCUGGUGCAAUUGCCAUUUCUCUUCCAUUCGCCUGUAUUUUGGGUCUCCUGGCAUCCAUGUCUUCCACAACAAUGGUUAGGAGAAAGUAUGUGUGGGCAUAUGCAACUGCCCAGUUCGUAUUGGUGGUCAUUGCGGGUCAUCUGUUCUACUCUUUGGUGGGUGAUGUAUUGCUGAUUCUGAUUCACAUGCAGGCUGUUCUGUCAGUUCUUCUUGCCACGUUCACUGGUUUUGGAGCUACAAUGUGUAUGAGUUCAGGUUUAACUGAGAUUCUGAAAUGGAGAGGGCAGCUACGGGCUCGAUCAGGCCAGCCACGGACGACUAGGAACUCGACGCAGCCAGCCACAGAACUACCAAGCCAACAGCAUGGUUCUGGGAAUCAGACGCCAGCAGCAGAAGCACCAUACGCGACGGCAAUGGCUGCUGGGUUAAGUCCAUCACAUUUUCCAACAAUUGCAAGUCCUAGUCAGCAAGAAGUUGUUAGAGGUUCAGAAGUUACGCCUUCUGGCUAGCUAGGACUGGCUUAAGAUUGUGAAAGCCGGUAAAAUGAAAUGCUACAUCUUUGUAUUGGGGAUGAAUCAAUGGAAUGCAAAGAACAAAAAAAGGAGGUAAAUGUACUUGUGAAUUUUGAAGCCGUGUAAAUAAACAAUCAUGGUAAAUUGAUAAUUGAUAAGUGAGAGUUUGUGAUCAAAAGGGCAUUUUGCUACAAAUGCAUUCAGGUUUUCAGGUCAAAGUGUCAUUAAAAUGGGAUGGUCAGCCCCUACAUGGGAAUUCUCUAUUUUAUGUUUUAUUUGUUCA